AUGGGUGUCCAUGAUCAUGCAAGCCGUCUAGCGACCCUGCGCCUCGUAGACGGCAUAUGCAUCCCCAUGGCCCUGCAGGCCACGAUAGAUCUAAAGGUGUUCGAGAUCAUAGCUGAUGCUGGGCUCGAAGCUCGAGACCAGCUCUCCACAUCAGAGAUGAUCGCCAAGAUAUGCAUACAUCGAAUCCACAUGCUGCAACUACCUUGGAACGUAUACUGUGUCCUUGUAACGGAUUCAAUCCUCACCGUGUCGGUAAGAUCAGACGGCGAGGGUGGGAGGACCGAACCUGUGUAUGGCCUAACGGACGAAUCUCGUUUCCUUGUACCAGAUGAGGAUGGCACGUCGGUGGCCCCACUGGUGCAACUGUGCCCGGACAGAGCUGUGAGAAGCUGGUAUCGACAGCUCAAGCCAAAGUGA